AUGAAGGCCUUCUUCGUUACUCUUGUUGCUCUACCUGCCGUUCUGGCUGCCACUCUGCCCUCCUCCCAGGCAUCAGAGUUCCCUAUCCAGAGCCAAGAGUGUACCUGUCAGAAUGCCGCUGGGGCAACCAGGGCUUCUGGACUCUGCCAGCUUAUGAGAGGCUCACUCCGUGGCCCAGGCGAGUGGCCUGUGGACACACAGUCUGUCUAUCAAGCUGCUCCUCAUACAAGGGGCAAAGAUCCAGUAGAAAGAUUGCCGGAAGAACUUUUGUUGGGAGGUAUUUUUCUGCGCCGAUAUCUGUUAGAAAUAUAUCUCAAAACGCAUAAGUAUUGA